UCGUUACUCAAUUUUUGCUUCCCUGAAACUCGUCGUUGUAGCCUCUCUCUCUCCCUCUAAGAUUAUAAAAGGACUUUUGCUUUUCGUUCGUUAAGGCAAAUUCAAAGAGUCAACAUGUCUGGUGAUGAAGCUGCUCCUGCUGUUGUUCCUCCGGCUGCUGAGCCAGCUGCAAUCCCAGAGGACAUGGACUUGUUGACUGCAUUGGAGUUGACUCUUAGGAAGGCUCGUGCUCAUGGUGGUGUGGUCCGUGGUCUCCAUGAAAGCGCUAAGCUUAUCGAGAAGCGAUCUGCUCAGCUCUGUGUCUUGGCCGAAGACUGCAACCAGCCUGAUUAUGUCAAGCUGGUCAAAGCUCUUUGCGCUGAUCACAACAUCAACUUGCUUACAGUACCGAGUGCCAAAACCCUCGGCGAAUGGGCUGGCCUAUGCAAGAUUGAUUCAGAGGGCAAUGCGAGGAAGGUUGUUGGAUGCUCAUGCCUUGUAGUCAAGGAUUACGGUGAGGAGACGACUGCACUCAACAUCGUCAAGAAGCAUAUUGAAUCUAACUAAAUCAGCAACGUCGAAUUUCAGAUGCUUUCAUCCUAAAAGAAACGCAUUUUUUUUUCUUUCUUGUGGCCACUCUCUUUUUCUUAUGUUUUCUUUGUUUUUUUGAUAUUUAAUACUUCGUAGUGAGACAGGUCUUGAGAAUUUGUUUGGAACAUGAAGUUUUGUUGUUAUCUAGUCUAUCAAUUUCAUGACCCAAUUCCCACAUUAAGAUUUUAUAUUUGCUCAGCA